CUCAACCCGAAAGUCAGUGAUAUGUAUCAUAAAAUACCACAUGCUAAGGUCAUUGAGAUCCCGUUCAGUACAGCCUUUGAUGAAGUCAUUCCUGGAUCCCUUCUCGGGGCAGUCUCGUUUGCGCGGACAGCGUGAGUCUGGCUGCUACUGUGCAACUUACUCCUCGCUAUCCCUGCUUCUCCUCCAACUUCACCAGUUCCUACGCGCCUUGCAUCAUCAUACCUCGUGUUUCUGGAUUAAUAGACACCCUGCAACACCCCAGAGAUAAGGAUACUGAAGUGGGGUCCUUGUCCCAUAUACAAGAAUUUACUAAUGAUUACUCG